AAAAUCAAAUCCGACCGUUCUAUUGGUCAAUAAUUCUCCCGCCACUGUCGUCCAUAAUGUUAUUGUAGGUACCCCUCUAGUGCUGCAUUGACAAAACGCUUUGGUGGCUAAUCGAUGCUCUUCCGUCUUCGAACUCUUCGCGGUUCUUGAUCGAGUUUUGUAAAAGCUCAGUUUGUCAGCUAGGUUACGUUUUAAGAUUUUUGGCUUCUUUUUGUGUAUUUUGUGUCGUUUGUGUUGAAAACGAAUAGAUUUUGGGAUGGAGAAGCGUAUAGAAUUAGAGAAGCGUGGCAAAAAUCCUGAAGAUAUCAAAGAACUGAUCUUGGACAACUCCAGAAGUACUUCAAUAGUGGGUUUGACGGACGAAUUUACCAAUUUGGAAAGUUUAUCGCUCAUCAAUGUGGGACUCACAUCUCUCAAAGGCUUCCCUAAGCUCCCCAAUUUAAAGAAACUUGAAUUGAGUGAUAACAGGAUAGCAAAUGGACUGAACUUGUUAGAAACCAGUCCGAAAUUAACCCACCUUAAUCUCAGUGGCAACAAAAUCAAAGAUCUGGAAACAUUGGAACCUUUAAAGAACUUGAAGAACCUCAAGAAUUUGGAUCUUUUCAACAAUGAAGCGACCACUGUUGAAAACUACAGGGAAAAAGUGUUUAAGUUGAUACCCAGCCUUAAAUAUUUAGAUGGGUAUGAUGAACAAGACGGCGAGGCUGAAGAAGACAGCGACCUUGACGAAGAGGUCAACGGCAACGACGAUGACAGUGAGGAAGAGGCCUCCUCAGAAUCAGGCGAGGAAAAUGACGAUGUCGGUCUCGGGAUGGUUUACUCCGAGAACAUAGACGAGAUGUCUGAUGAAGGUGACUAUGAGGCCGUCGAAGAGGAGGAGGACGAAGACGGUAUUGAGGAUGAGGAGAUCGAAGCUGAAUCCGAAGAAGACGCUCCAGCUGCGGAUGUUUCGAGGGGCAAGAAGCGGAAACUGGAAGAUGGUGAGGGUGAAAACUAAAACCCAGUCUGUGUGCAUCAUCAAUAUGUAGUGAUAUAUAAAAAAACAUUUUUAUUACCGACCAAUGAAGUGUCUCCAACUUGGUGAGCAGAGACUUUUUGUGAAGUCAUCACCCCUGGCUGUGGUUUCAUACUUUACAGGAAUAUAAGUAAAAAAAAAUAGCAGUUUUCUCCCCAUUUUGAAUAAAAUUGACAAAUUCUAAAUUGAGAUUCUCAAAUUAAAUAAAUUUUAACAUAGAAGUUCCUGCGGAGGUGCAAACGCGAACUGAUUGAUUUUUUUAUGUAAGUUUACAUUUCUCUGUUGUAAAUUUACAUUUAUUUGAAAUUGGUUGAUAGUUUAGCGAAAAAAAAAAUCAAAAUAAUCGUGGAAAUGUAAAUUUACUUUGAAUCAACUCCGAUAGUACAAGAAAUAUUCUAAAUGUAAAAUAAUUAUUAGUAGUCGAAUGGUAGGUAAUUUGUAAAUUUGCAUUUUUUGUGUUAAUGUUUGGUAUUUUUCGUAACGUGUCACAUAACUGGAGCCGACCCUGCAUUCUGUUUACUGAAUAAUAAAGGUUUUAAACAAUUAUUUUUAAAAAUCACAUUUUAAUUUCAAAUUGCAUGAUUUUUUUAGUUAUUCAUUUCACUGAUUUUAUCUUACAAAUUAUGGUUAUCGUUAAUUUUUAAACAUGUUUGUUGUUUUUAUAUAAAAAAAGUUACAGGUCCGGCUCGAGCCAUAUCAGUCGGUUACAAUUUAUAGAGAAAUUUAUAUGUAAAUAAAUUUUGAUUAUAUGCCGAAAUGUAAAUUUACAAAUAUUUGUCAUUGCUGAUGUAAACGGAUCGUUUUACAGAUACGUAAUGAGCCUGAUAGUGUUAAUUUAUAAAUUUCUGAAUAACAUAAAAAUUAGAAUCUGAUGUGAAAUUAGGGCAGACGGAUUUACGCAAUAAAUAUGUAUUUUUUCGGAGUCUCGUUUGCGCCUGCGCGGAAUUCGACUAGGUAAAGUAGCAGCCAGAAAUUGUUUAAAAAAAAUGUAAGAGUCAAUGACGGUAUAGUUAUAUUUUGUACAUCCAUUAUUACAUAAUGUCUAGUAGUUUUAGGGUGUUAACAUUGCAUAUGGAUUAAGUUAUUGUUUUUUAUUGAUCUUGUGUUAUAUCAUCAUUUUUCUCAAAUUAAAAUUUCUUAACAUUGACA